AUGACAACAGAGGGAGGUGGCAGAUCCGGCGGAGGAUGGGGGGGUGGUGGUGGUGGAGGAGGAGGCGGCGGCGGAGGGUUCUUUGGCGGCGGAGGCGGCGGCGGCCGAAAGAGAGAGGGUGGCGCGUUUGGAGAGGCUUCAGGCCAUCGCGAAGCACGAAUCAACGCCGAUAGACUCGCCGGAUAUCCUGUCGACCGCGAGCCCGACUCUGACGACGAAGAGACGGCGGCUCUCAUUGGCGCGAAGCCUGGUAAUAUCUGGCCCAUGGGUAUCGCCCGUAUCGACAAGAAGGAAGAGAAGAAGACGAUUGCGACCUCGGCCGAACUCGAGGCAGAAGAGCAGGGCAAGGCUGAAGAGAGCCUCUUUGUUGAAGGAGAAGGAUGGUAUGGCGCUAGUCCCCCGAUGGAAGACGAGACGAAAGUCUGGCAUGCGGCACCCAAGGGUGUGGUCCAAGUCAAGGCAGAACCUGGCGGCGAGCCAGGUGCUAUGGAAAUUGCGCCGGUCGACUUCAACGCCCACGUCAAGUCCGCGACUCCCGAAGCCGAGGAAGAGAAGGUCACCCCUGAACCGAAGACAAAGAAGACAAUGGCCGAUCCCGAGGUGGAAAUGAUUACACACGACAUGGAGCUUCUGCUGGGCGAAUUGGGCACUGUCACCGACGAAAACUCCAAGGCACCCGAGACAGAGGUUGCGAGCAAGGACGGACGUCUGUACCUCUUUCAGUUCCCGCCCUUGCUGCCACCACUGCAACCUGCGACUGCGCCCAGGGUCAAGCCAGAGCCCGACGACGUCGUCAUGCUCGAUCAGCCGGGCGAGGCUGUUGACCUCACGCAGGCGGAAGAGAGCUCAAAACCCAAGGUCGAGGAAGCCGAUAUUGACCUCACGGACAUUAAUCAGUUGGUCUCCCAGGCUGGAAUGAUGGGAAAACUCAAGGUGCGCAAGUCUGGAAAGGUCGAGUUGGACUGGGGUGGAAGAACACUCGAACUUAGCCCAGCUGCGGGCAUGAACUUCUUGACUACCGCAGUGAUUGUGGAGGAGUCGGACGAAAAGGCGAAGCAGGGUGUUCCAGGUGGAGACAGUAUUGGCAUGGGUAAGAUCAUGGGCCGCUUUGUUCUCGCGCCGACUUGGGGUGACGAGGAAGAGUGGACGGUUGACCCAGAGGAUCUUGUUGUCCCCGAAGCGUAA